CAUCACCAAAACCCAUCUCUUAAAAAGUCACUUUUUUUUUCUUCUUAAAAUUAAUUAAAAAGCCAAAAAAAAAAAAAAACACUCAAUUUUGAUUGCCUUUUCUAUCCUUAUCUCUAUCUCCUUUCUUCUUCGUCCAUUUUUUGAAAACCCAAAGUCUCUCUCUCAUAUUUAUUUCUCAAAUUCCCUUUUUCCUUUUCUUUUUUCAUCACGGCAAAUGAACAUGAUGGACACGGAGGUUAAGCGCCGUACGAUCCGUACACUUGUCGGAAAACUGAGCUCCGUCUCAGAACAAACCCGAGCCGCGGCGCUCAGCGAGCUGCGACUAAUCACCAAGCAAGACGACCAAAGCCGACCACUCAUAGCCGAAGCCGGUGCCAUCCCUUACCUCGCCGAAACCCUCUACUCUUCUUCCCACGCCGACCAAGAGAACGCUGCCGCCACCCUCCUCAACCUCUCCAUCACCAGCCGCCACUCCCUCGUCUCCACUCGCGGACUCCUUGACGCCAUCUCCCACGCGCUCCGUAACCACCGCAGCUCCACCUCCCCUGCCGCAGUCCAAUCCUCCGCCGCCACCCUCCACAGCCUCCUCGUCGCCGAUGAGCUCCGGCCCAUUGUCGGAUCUAAGCGAGACAUCAUCUACUCCCUCAUCGACAUAAUCAAAACCCCCAAUUCGCCUCCAAGAUCGAUCAAGGACGCUCUCAAAGCCCUCUUCGGAAUCGCUCUCUACCCUCUGAAUCGGAGCUCGCUGAUCGAGCUCGGAGCUGUUCCGCCGCUGUUCUCGCUCGUUGUGAAGGAUGGCAGGGUCGGGAUCGUUGAGGAUGCGACGGCGGUGGUGGCUCAGAUCGCAGGGUGCGAGGAGAGCGAGGAGGCGUUCUUGAAGGCUAAAGGUGUUGGGGUUAUGGCGGAUUUGCUGGACCCUUCGACGGGUUCGAGCUUGAGGACGAAGGAGAAUGCGGUUUCUGGGCUUCUGAAUUUGGGGAGGUGUGGAGGAGAGAAGGUUGGGAAGGAGGUGAGAGAGAUGGGUUUGAAAGUUGUGGAUGGGAUUGUGGACGUUGCUGAGAAUGGUAGUUCCAAAGGGAAAGGAAAGGCUGUGGCUUUGUUGAAGAUGAUUGAUUGUAGUAGUGAUUUGCUAAUCGAUUAUAAUUCCGGGUUUGAUUCACUAAACCGAUCUUCUUGAAUUGGGUGUGUUUUUUUUUUUUUUUUUUUUUUUUUUUUUUUUUGUGUAUUUGUUUUUAUAGAUAUAUAAGUAUACAUGUUUGAUCUUGAAGAGUUAUGAAGAUCGAUGAUGUACAUAUUGAAGUUAGGAUGUUCUUUGAUAUAUGUGGAAAUGAUUCAUUACUUUUUCAUUGGCAA